AAGAUCUAAUUGCACCACAAGUAUAUGUAGUUCAUCCAACAAAAUGCCUACCGCAGAUUCAGUGUCAGUGUUCGCGGAAGGGACUUUCGAAGAGCAGAUACAAGAGCUAGUGGAUUAUGCCACUCGAAGUAGCCCAGGGGAUGAACGGGCUACUGCGUCACAAUCUUUCCGGGAUAUUAUUAAGCCAGCUGAAGGGGCUAAACCUAUUGAAGAGGAUCAGGAAAGAAAACGGAACGCGUUGACCUUUGUGCUAGAUCAGACGAAAAGCUUGGGCGAUGGAUCAGAACAAGAAAUCGAGGGCUACUUUAACCUUCUCUUCUCUCACCUUCUGACACUAUGGCCAACCAACUCACCGGAAAUUAAACAUCACGUCUCCUCGCUCCUCGAUGUUCUUACUUCAUCACCUUCCGAGCAUUCAUCAGUGAGGUAUCGCGUCAUAUCAAAUUUGUUCAAUGCAACUCCUCGUAAUUCAGCUCUCCGCCUACCUAUUUACACUGCGUUAUUAAAAGUUGCCGCCAACAAUGGAGAGCUCCACACUUUGCGUUUAUCCAAAAAAGAUAUCGAGCAGUGGUUGCAAGAAUGGGAUAUCUCUGGGGAAGAGCGCAGUCAAUUCCUCAAGUCCAUUGUCGAUGCAUUCAUACAAUCUGACCAGCCGGAAACUGCGUAUCAUCACACGCUUUCCUAUGUUUCUUCAUUACCAUCCUCCUCGCCUGAAAGUCAAUCCGCGGCGGUCGAUGCCAUAGCCUUAGCAUUGCGCCUGCCCAGCUUGUUCGACUUUGACCCAUUGUUCAAGUUGGACGCUGUUGUCUCAGCACAGGAUCAUGAGCUUUUCUCGCUUCUCCAGGUGUUUUUUAAUAGCGGCCUACCAGAAUUAAAUUCAUGGCUCGAAAGCCAUCCCGCUGCUCUCGAAAAAUAUGAACUCGACCGAGCACAGCUUGAGCGUAAAAUCCGUCUUCUCUCAUUUGCGUCACUGGGUUUUGCACACGUCGGGCAUGACUUGCCAUAUUCAGAGGUCGCGUCGAUCCUGCAGAUUGAGUUGAGUGAAGUAGAGAAGUGGGCGAUCGAUGUGAUCCGUACCGGUCUUCUUUCUGGAAAGCUUUCGCAGACCACUCAAUCUCUACACGUUUACCGCUCGUCGGCGCGCACGUUUGAGCGAGAGCAAUGGGAGGCACUGGAAAAACGUCUUGUUGCGUGGAAGGCAGGACUAGCGAGCGUGCUGGAGGUUGUUACUAGUGCACAAAAGCGCGGUAACGGUUCGGGUGCAGGUGAAGCCGUGCAGCAGGUCACGCAGACAGGUGAGAGCGUUCAGGUUGACGCUGCGUAGCCUACAUCAGAGUUCCUCUGGUCAGUAAAUGAAGGUCAUGGUUGUUGACUGCGAUUUGUGGGAAAGCCGGGGAAGUCUAUCUGAACAUGACUUCGAUUUUGAUGUCGAACGUUUAAAACUCUCCCUACUCAGACGAGCACACUUUGGCCUGGGCGCUAUCAACGUCCAGGGGUGUUGAUUACAGCAAUAUUGCGCAGCCAAGCAACUGAAUCCUGUAUAUACUACGUAACGUGUUCCCGUCAAUCAUGCCAUCACUUAUCACUACUGGUGGUGCUUUGCUCGGGAGUGCUGCUACGCGCUAUACACAGCGCACAGAUUCGAUGUGUGUAUGCACCCGCUCAGACAAAC